AUGUUGCUAGGAGGAGGAGAAUGGCCCGAAGAUUCUUCCAAAUUGGCCACUGAACCAUUGACCGACAUAAGUGAAUAUUCUAAUUUCAGUUCUCAGCUGAGCACAAUUGAGAGUGCGUGGAACCUCGUGUCCAAAAUAAAAGGGCAGUAUCCAGAUGACAGUACUAUCUGUGAGUUCUUUUAUCAUUGGUUGGGUCUUCUUCUCUUCGAUAAAUGUAAUCUAAGUUCAAUUUCGAGUGUUAUAGAUAAAAUCUAUGAGCAAUUAAAAACUCUCCCUGGUGGGGUUAAAUGCAACUGCAACCCCUUAAACAAUCAAUACACUAACAAAGACAACUUCUCCAAAGAAAAAACAAAGUUUGACCUCAACCAAGACUAUAAUCCAAAGAACGAACAACUACAAAAGUAUUAUGGACUUUGUGAUAGUGGCUAUAAGAGUGAUCCAGGCCGAAAUGCUCCCCCUUCAACUGUUCCUUCUGAUGUACAGAAACUAUGUGGAAGGAAUGGAAGUAAUCCUACUCACCCAUACUGUACCAAUUUCAAGACUACCUAUAAGGACUACUGUACACAGAACCCAUCAGAAAUUGAGUGCAAAUUAAUCAAUGGAGCGGGAAAUGCAAUAAAGGAGAAGGCACCAUUAGUGGUGUCCACCGGAGGGGCAACCGCCACUCCAAUCGUCUCUUCUGUAAUUGGAAUAGGAGCAAUUCCUGCCAUUGUUUUCCUAUUAUAUAAAGUAAUAGUACAAAAUUACAUAAUUACAAUUACAGUUAUAAUUAUAACUAUAAUUAUAAUUACCGCUCUUAACAACAUUAUUACCACAAUAAUCCCUUCCCUGCUCUUUUCCCUUAACAACCUUCGUAGUACAAUCUUUUACCUUCUGGAAUAA